UUCAUCACCCUCGUGUGUUUGAAGCAGUCAGCUGAGCGCAAAUUGUGCGGACGCGGCUCUAACCUCGUACAACAUGCAGGAUCACAACGAACACGUUUAACCCUGUGCACUUUUUGUCAUUCCAACGUGUACAGAAAACAAUCUAGUUAAACACCCUUUCUUUUAAUUCCACUUCGCCGUUCUUUCCCCGUGAAGAAUACCGAUUUGGAGGUUGUUGCACAGGGGUUUGGAGGUGCAUGUGACAGCUCACACCAAUUGCGGGGACUCGGAGUAUGGCCUUAGCUGGAUGCCCAGACUACUUCCUCCAUCAUCCAAACUACCAGGACAAUGUUGACUGCACCCCCUCUCACAGACCAUCAAAUCUCAUCGGUUCAAGCUUCCAGCAGUCGUCCAAUCGGAAUUCUCCUAAUCACCCAGAGGAUGAUGUAGAUCUGGAGGCCCUGGUGAAUGACAUGGCCUCUCUUUCUUCCUAUGAGAGCAUCUAUGCAACCUGUGGGACCCAGCAUUCGGACUCAGCCCCCCUCUUGCACAGCACUGAUGGCAGUGGACUCCAUGGCAACAGAGUGGCCCCACUGCCACGGGCCCCUAGUAAUAAAGUGGCCGCCCUCCACUCUCCUGCCCACAAGCUCCGGCGAUCACAGCCAAUGCACAUACAUGCCGUCAGGCGACUUCAGGAAGAAGAGUUGCAAGUUCGUCCAACGUCUUUGCCAGCAAUUCCAAACCCGUUCCCUGAGCUCUGCAGCCCCUCGGGAUCUCCUGUGCUGAGCCCUGGAUCUCUGCCACAGCCAUCGGAGCCACAUGUAAGAGUUGAAAACAGACACUGCGCUCUGCGCCCUGUAGCUAUUAUCCAUCAGACACGCAUGAGAUGUUACCUGAGUGAUUUAUUGCAGACAGUCUUUUCUUACCUCUCAUCCUUUAUCUUCCUCUCACAGAACUUCUUUCCGGAGCAGAUGUUAGCGUGGUGUCAGGAAACUAAUGGCUCUAUCCCACAAUCACAGCUCUUACAGAAUUUCUUGAAUUCCAGCAGCUGUCCAGAGAUCCAGGGCUUCCUUUAUAUGAAAGAAACGGGCCGCAAGUCUUGGAAAAAGCUCUACAUGUUCUUGCGCCGUUCUGGAUUGUACUGCUCUACUAAAGGAAUGUCAAAGGAGCCAAGACACCUGCAGUUACUGUCGGACUUAGAGGACAGCAAUAUUUUCACUGUGACAACGGGCAGAAAGAUGCACAACGCGCCCACAGACUACCAAUUCUGCAUUAAGCCCAGUAAGGGCAGGACAGAACUGAAGGAGUUGAAGAUGCUGUGUGCUGAGGACGAGCAGAGCCGAACGUGCUGGAUGACUGCUUUCAGACUGCUCAAGUUUGGAAUUCGCGAGAUCUUGCAUGGAGCACCAGACAGAGGGCGAUUGAUGAAACGGAGUCAGAGAAUGAAUGUUUUGGGAAGCCCCAGUCCUCUACAUCCCUCGCCGUUAAGCUCAGUGAUCCACAGGACACAGUUAUGGUUCCAUGGCCGCAUUAUGAGAGAGGAGUCCCACAGGAUGAUUAUGCAGCAGGGCCAAGUUGAUGGGUUAUUCCUGUUGAGAGACAGCCAGAGCAACCCAAAAGCAUUUGUUCUCACGCUGUGCCAUCAUCAGAAGAUUAAACACUUCCAGAUUUUACCUUUUGAGGAGGAUGGCCAGGUUUUUUUUAGCCUUGAUGAUGGCUCUACCAAGUUCACAGACCUGAUCCAUCUGGUAGAGUUCUACCAGCUCAACAGGGGCGUCCUGCCCUGCAAACUCAAACACCCCUGCACCAUGGUGGCCUUAUGACCCCCUCCUGAUCCUAACAAACAACACACACACAAAUAAAACUAACUGAGAAACUGGAUGCUUUUUUAAAAUAAUAAUUUUCAGUCAUUUUCACAAUAAGCCCCCCCCCAUAAACUGAACGAAUCGGGACGGUCGUUUCAUGUGGUGUGUCUGCGAAGACUUGCUUUGCUUAAAGUUACUUGAUGACGAUUGAUAUGUAUUGUAAUUUCCUACCUGAACAUUUUGCACUCUCAAGCUGAAAGCAGGUGAUCUGCUUCAUCCUGAGCUUACCGCAACAACUGUUACCCAUUUGCCUUCCUCCUACAGUUCACCGUUUCGUUUUUUGUCCUCUUCUAAACUCUUCCUGGGGAUUCCCUGUGUAAUGAUGGGA